AUGAUUGACGUCUCACGGCAGAAGAGGUCGCUUUUGGCAGACGCGACCGUCCGGGAUCUUCUGCCUCCGGAAUUACUUGACACCAUCCGGCAGCAAUCGACGACAAAACUCUUGGAUGCCGUAACGCAGGCGGCGCUGUGCCCGCCACUUACAGAGCGAGUCUUUGUGCAUUUUGAAAAUGUCUUUCCUGACAUAUGUGCACGUUUGGUUCUCAACGCAACAACUCACACACUUCGGAUAAGAACUGCAGCAUGUUUUGCGAGGUUACUACCAUUUGCGCCGUAUCUCGCCUCUUUUCUUGGAUGUACACACGAUGUUUCUACCAUCAGAGCGCAGCCUUCAUCCUUGCAACUGUUGCUGCCCGCAUUCGACCAGUCAUUGUCUGCAUUAGAUGGGGAAAGCCUAUUAGAAAGUCUCACUACGGCAUGGAGACUUUUGAAUUUCGAUUUCGGGACCUAUAGUCUUCUUGCAUCAGCUUCACACAUGCAGACUCUGUUCCGCCAUGAGAGCUUACCAGUCAGGUACCUGGCUAUUCGGGUAUUCUGCCUGCUGCUACAUGCCUCGGAUUUCAAGUUGGAGGCUUUGGUUCAUGAAUAUGUUGGAAAGGAAGAAGCAGUUAUUGGAAAUCUGGAUGGCGUGUCCUUGGACUUUGGGUUUCUCUCUCUGUACGAGCAGGACCGAGCGCAACGGGUGCUUAAAUUACAAAACCAGCUCAAGCGUGAAGAAAACACUGAUGGUGAAGAAGAAUGUUUGCAGACACUCACCCCGUACGUUGUCUCGUAUGGAAGCGCUCUACUUCCUCGACCGCGUGGUCCUGUUGACGACUCUUCGCUCGUCAUGACCAACACGACAAUCAGAAAUCUCGAACGUCUAGCAAACUUGCUGCGAAGUGCGGAUCCAAUUCUCGUCUAUGGGACGGCUGGGGCUGGAAAGACGUCACUCAUUCAUGAAGUCGCCACACAACUCGGCAUGUAUUCCAACAUGGUCACACUUCACCUGAACGAUCAAACAGACGCGAAAAUGUUGGUGGGCUUGUACGCAACAGAUAGCAAACCAGGAAGCUUCCAAUGGCGGCCAGGUGUUUUGACGACAGCAGUCAGGGAGGGCCGAUGGGUGUUGGUUGAGGAUCUCGAUAGAGCUCCGACAGAAGUCCUCAGUACUCUCCUUCCUUUGGUUGAGCGCAGAGAAUUGCUCAUUCCAAGCCGUGGAGAAAGAAUCAAAGCUGCCUGUAGCUUUCGGCUCCUGGCUACUGUCCGAACAUCACGAGGACUAAAUGGCCGGGAGAGUUUACCGUCCCUGGUCGGUAUGCGGUUUUGGCAAACGCUCAACACGGAUUCGCCAACUCGGCCAGAGCUCGAAAAAAUCGUCCUACAAACAUAUCCGAUACUCCGGAAAUUCGCCCCCGGUAUUCUCGCUGUUCACGGACGAUUAGCUCAACUCGGUAGCAAUGAUAGCCUCAUGUCUCGCGGGCGGACUGUCAUGGACCGUCAAGUUAAUCUCCGCGAUCUUUUGAAGUGGUGCCGCAGACUUAAGGAAAGCUUGCUUGCUGCAGGUUCCAGAAACGGGGACGAGCCCAUUAGCGAGACGACAAGGGACUGGAUGUUCAUGGAGGCACUGGACUGUUUUGUCGGCAGCUGUCCCGAUGUUGAACUGGGCAAGCUCCUGACAUAUGCAAUUGCGGAGGAGAUGCACUUGUCCAAAGAUCGGGCAGACCACUAUUUGUCUGCCAAUAUACCCCCUUUGGAAGAAAGUGGCCGUGCAUUUUGUAUCGGACGAGCUCAGCUACGAAAGAAGAAAUUGCCCUCCAGGUUACAAAAGUCAAAACGUCCGUUUGCUAGCACGGCUCACGCGAAAAGGCUGUUGGAGCAAAUAGCCGUGGCAGUCAAGCUUGAGGAACCAGUAUUGCUGGUUGGUGAGACCGGUAUAGGGAAGACCACCGUUGUCCAGCAACUGGCGGAUUCAUUAGGCCAUAAGCUCAUCGCAGUGAACCUAUCGCAACAGAGCGAGGUUGGCGACCUGCUUGGUGGAUUCAAGCCGGUAAAUGUGCGCAGUCUUGCCGUGCCACUGAAGGAAGAAUUCGAGGACUUAUUUGCUGCUACGGGAAUAUCUGCAUCCAAGAACCAGAAAUACCUGGAGCACGCUGGCAAAUGCUUCGCCAAGUCACAGUGGUCAAAACUGUCCAAGCUCUGGAAGGAGGCUCCAAAAAUAUUCACCAAGAUCGUGGCUGAGCUCGAAGAUAGCCAGGGAAACCAGACCGAAGCUAGAGAUGGUGACGCACAGCCUACGAAACGUCGAAAGACGCAGUCAAAGCUGCAGACGCUCCUAGAGCUGCGACCUCGAUGGGACUCGUUUGCGCGGAGUCUGGAACAGUUUGAUGUCCAGAUAUCUGGGGGAUCUGGCGCCUUCGCCUUCUCUUUCGUGGAAGGCAAUCUCGUCAAAGCUGUUCGUAACGGCGACUGGGUGCUUCUAGACGAAAUCAAUCUUGCAUCUCCAGAUACCUUGGAAAGUAUUGCGGAUCUCCUUACGGGCCCUAAUGAGCGACCUUCGAUUCUACUCUCGGAGACGGGAGAAAUCGAGAAAAUUGCGGCACAUCCAGACUUCCGCAUAUUCGGUGCCAUGAAUCCUGCAACAGAUGUUGGAAAGCGCGACCUGCCCAUCGGGAUUCGCUCGCGUUUUACCGAGCUCUAUGUCAAAAGCCCCGAUACAGACCUGAAGGACCUUCUCACCAUCAUCAAGACCUAUAUGGGCAGUCAAAGCACAAAGAGCGAUCAAGCUGCAGAUGAUAUUGCACGGCUGUACUUGAACACCAAGCGCAUGGCUGAGGAGAGGCGAUUGGUUGACGGCGCAAAUGAAGUUCCUCACUUUAGUUUGCGAACAUUGACCAGAGUCUUGAGCUAUGUCCGUAACAUUGCGCCGCUGUACGGUAUUCGCCGUGCGCUGUACGAAGGCUUUUCUAUGGGCUUCCUGACUUUGCUUGAUAGAAACUCCGAAAAAAUGCUAUUGCCACUCAUCUAUCACCACCUUCUGGACAAGCGUGGCAAUCCACAGUCACUGUUAUCACAGCCCCCCAAGCACCCAAAUGACGGUCGCCAAUACGUCAAGUUUCAGAACAGAAACCAUGAUCGCCAUUACUGGUUGUUUCAAGGCAACCAGACUCCAGUCGAACGAGGAGACUACAUCAUUACCCCCUAUGUCGAACGAAAUCUUCUUAACCUGGUCCGAGCCACUUCAACAAGACGAUUUCCUAUCCUGAUUCAGGGCCCAACAUCCUCGGGCAAAACCAGCAUGAUCGAAUAUCUGGCUAAUUUUACCGGUAACAAGUUCGUUCGUAUCAAUAAUCACGAGCACACAGAUCUUCAGGAGUAUCUAGGAACUUACGUAUCAGGGCCUGAUGGGAAACUACGCUUCCAGGAGGGACUGCUUGUUCAAGCUAUGAGGCAAGGUCAUUGGAUAGUGCUUGAUGAGCUUAACUUGGCACCCACGGAUGUCCUUGAGGCUCUGAACCGACUCUUGGACGAUAAUCGCGAGCUUCUCAUCCCUGAAACCCAAGAGAUUGUGAGGCCUCACGAAAACUUCAUUUUGUUUGCGACACAGAACCCCCCCGGCUUAUACGGGGGCAGAAAGGUCCUUUCACGGGCCUUUAGAAACAGAUUUCUGGAACUUCAUUUUGAUGAUAUUCCUGAGGAUGAACUUGAGUAUAUCCUCCAACAGCGAAGUCGAAACACUUCGCCCCCUGACUGUCGACGUAUUGUGACGGUUUACAAGGAGCUUUCGCGGCUUCGGCAAACAAGCAGGCUUUUUGAGCAGAAGGAUAGUUUUGCAACUUUGCGAGAUUUAUUUCGGUGGGCACUCAGAGAAGCCGAUACGAGAGAAGAAAUUGCGGCUCACGGUUAUAUGCUCCUCGCCGAAAGAGUUCGCAACGAAGACGAACGCAUCGCUGUCAAGGAAGUCAUCGAGAAGGUCUUCAAAGUCAAAUUGGAUCCCCAAGAACUAUAUUCUACCUCCAAAGCCCCCGAGCUCAAACAUGUGACGGAGAGAGAGAACUCUCAUGGCGUCGUUUGGACUCAUGCGAUGCGGAGACUUUACGUUCUGGUCUCUCGAGCGCUGCGGAACAAUGAGCCUGUCCUACUGGUUGGAGAGACAGGUUGUGGCAAGACGACAGUCGUUCAAUUGCUAGCAGAGACUCUCAACCAAGAACUGCACAUUGUAAACGCUCAUCAAAAUACGGAGACUGGGGAUCUCAUCGGGUCCCAAAGACCCGUCCGCAACCGUGGUGCCAUUCUUGAGGCUAUACGUACAGAUUUGAUGGCAAUUUUUGAAUCUUUAGGUAUGGGGGUUUCAACGUCUGUGGAAGAAAACAUUCAAAAGUACAACAGUCUGCCUCAAACAGUCAAAGAUACAGUGCCUCAGUUGAUUCGCGAUCGUCUGGCAGCAAAUGAGAGCAGAUCAAGAGCAUUGUUUGAGUGGUCUGACGGCGCACUGGUCUCGGCCAUGAGAAAUGGUCACUUCUUCUUAUUGGAUGAAAUCUCGCUGGCGGACGACUCCGUGCUAGAAAGACUAAAUUCUGUUCUCGAGCCCCAGAGAACGUUGCUCCUGGCAGAGAAAGGCGUUGAUAACGCCUCGGUUGUGGGUGCGAAUGGAUUCCAAUUCUUUGCUACAAUGAACCCUGGCGGCGACUUUGGCAAGAAGGAGCUUUCGCCUGCCCUGAGAAAUCGGUUCACAGAGAUCUGGGUACCACCAUUGUCCGAAAGUGAAGACAUAUACGAUAUUGUCAGGACCAAGCUUGUGGAUGGAUCCAACCAUCUGGUCGAUGCCAUGGUGAACUUCGCGUCCUGGUUUGCUCACAAUUUCCGGUCCAUGGCGACAAGCGCGUUCUCUGUUCGAGAAAUCCUUGUUUGGGUUCAGUUCAUCAACAGCUCUACAGCCAGCGACCCCAUCGUUUCAUUCGUCCACGGUGCUUCUGCCAUCUUUAUCGACAGUAUUGGUGCGAAUCCCUCAGCCAUGCUAACCACCGACCUGAAAAGCGUCACUGCCCAAAGAUUGGAUUGUCUGAAGAAGCUUGGUGACCUAAUCGGUCAAGAUGUGUGCAAAAUUUACCCAACCGAGCCUAUUCUUUCAAUAGCCGAUGAUUUUCUAUCCAUUGGUGACUUCAGUAUACCCCGUGAUCCAAUCGGCGCCACAGACCCUACUUUCGCUUUUCACGCCCCUACAACAAGACUCAACGCGAUGAGGGUCGUUCGAGCAUUGCAAAUGCAAAAGCCAAUUUUACUCGAAGGCAGCCCUGGUGUAGGCAAGACAACGCUGGUUGCCGCACUGUCUCAGGCGUGUGGCCGGUCACUUACAAGGAUUAACUUGUCUGACCAGACUGACUUGAUGGAUUUAUUCGGCACCGAUGUUCCCGUUGAGGGCGAAGAGGCCGGAAAUUUUGCGUGGCGAGACGCCCCUUUUCUCCAAGCGAUGCAAAAGGGUGAAUGGGUUCUUCUAGAUGAAAUGAACCUUGCAUCACAGUCUGUUCUGGAAGGCUUAAACGCAUGUCUCGAUCAUCGUGGUGAGGUUUACAUUUCCGAGCUUGAUCAAGUCUUCAAAAGACACCCUGACUUCCGUCUGUUCGCGGCUCAAAACCCUCACCACCAAGGAGGUGGGCGCAAGGGUCUGCCAAGUUCUUUUGUGAACCGUUUCAUCGUCGUCUACGCGGAUGUCUUCAAAGACGAGGACCUGAAACUUAUUGCUUCUCACAACUUCCCCCAGGUUGGUGAAGAAGUCAUUGCCCAUUUGAUUGAGUUUGUGUCCAGGCUUGAGCACCACAUCGUGGUCGAAAAAGACUUUGGCUCUCAGGGCGGUCCCUGGGAGUUUAAUCUCCGAGAUGUGCUCCGAUGGCUACAACUUUUGAGGUCUUCCGAUCCUUUUCUCCAGACUUCUCAGAUGCAAGACUUCCUUGACAUUAUUGUUAGGCAACGGUUUCGCACAUCAAGAGAUAGACAAGAGGUGGACAAGUUGUUUACUCGUGUGAUCGGAUCGGAACCACGAGCCCACAAUCACUGUCAUAACUUGAACUCACGAUUCGGCCAAGUGGGGCUUGCCCUACUAUCAAGGAACUUGAAUGUACAACCGGAGAGCUUGCCGAAUAUCAAUAUCGUUCCUCGGCUUGCCGAACUAGAGUCUAUCAUGAUUUGUGUGAAGCAAAACAUUCCAUGUAUCUUGGGUGGCCCUUCAGGAUAUGGCAAGUCAUCCUUGCUGAGCUAUGUUGCUGCACUGUCCGGAAAACCACUUGUGGUAUUCCCAAUGAACGCAGAUAUCGAUACUAUGGACCUUGUCGGUGGUUUUGAACAAGCUGAUCCUCUCCGCGAAGUCAAUGCAGCCUUGAUGGAUCUUCGCGAACGUCUGCAAGAUUCCGUCAUGACUCUCGUCCCAUCAGCCGCCCCUGGAGAAGUUUUACAUUUGUUGCAUCUCCUUGACAGACACAACGGUGUCGGCGGCAGUCUGGAUGCUAUUCUUACCUUGGUAACAUCCUUGAUCAAACGAGUGUCGUUGGACACCACGGUGGGAGCAGCUCUCGCAACGGUAAAGCAACUUUUGGAAGGGCCACUAGUUCUUGCGAACCCACGGUUCGAGUGGCUAGAUGGUGUUAUUGUGAAAGCUUUGCUUACCGGCCAGUGGCUUGUUUUGGACAAUGCCAACAUGUGCAACGCCUCUGUUUUGGAUCGACUCAACUCUCUGCUGGAACCUAAUGGAUUUCUGAGCAUCAAUGAGCAUUGCCAGUCGGAUGGAAAACCAAGAAUCAUCAGGCCUCAUCGAGAUUUCAGGAUCUUCCUCACGAUGGAUCCCAAAUAUGGCGAGCUGUCGCGAGCUAUGAGAAACCGAGCUAUCGAGAUUCAUAUUCAUUCUCCUCCACCAGAAUCAGCGUCGUGCUUGGACAAAAUUUCCGCGAUUGAAAGCGGGCUUCAGAGAUAUCAUCACUUUAAGAUGUCGUCAAACGGCGCUGCUGGUGCCACCUCGACAGGAAUCCUCCGAGUAGCCGCGGAAAACCUCUCUCUGGAUGAUGUAGUACUUCUCGGUCGAUUCGUGAGUCAAGGUGCCGCUGACGAGCCGUGGCUCUCCGCUGCGACCCAUUUGCUCCAAUUCCUGCAGACAACUCAAGGGUCUCACAUUUUGCGUGACUUGAUGCAACUUCACUCAGCAUGUUCCGCUCGUACUUUUGAAGACUUUCCUAGGACGCAGUCCAUUCAUCCAUUGAACAAUGAAAUUGCAAUCAAGUUGCUGGAGAACGAAACAUCAGCUUUUUGGAUGGGAACACGUUAUGAGACUUCUCGCCGUCUGCAUUACAUCCGUCAAAACAUCCAGAGACAUCAUAGCCAAGCUCACUCUGCGAAACUAGGCUCUUUGAGUCGCUUGCAGCGCUCUCUCAUCAGCGAGCGGGUUGCAGCUGUGUCUAAAGACUCAACUGUUAAGCUUGCCGUAUUCCUCUCCUCGAUAAUGGCCUUUAUCGAGGGAUACCUGGAUCAGGCAGUGGACUCAAUCGAAAAUUUCUUUGCUAGGUGCCAACUACUUGAAAUCCUCGGGCUUUAUCUCGAGUUGACAAUUUGCCUGUCUUCCAGCCAUGAGUUUGACGAGGCCUACUUUCAGGCUCAUGUUGGCCUUGGUGCAAGGAAGCUCGAGGAAUUCAGCCAAGCGAUGACAGGAGAGGCCGACUCUACUUUCCUAUCCCUGGCCCUUGGCCAACUGCGGCGUGAUUUUUACGCCGACUUCCAACUGUCCACCGGUUUGAGCAUGGAAGUGCUGUGGUACACGUUCAGACCCAUCCCCAUUACGAACAGGGCUGUUUUCGAUCGCUCAAUUGAACUGGACCAGCUGGCCUUGAGAUUCGAUACUCUUCGAUGGAAGGUAUCCGCGUCCAUUGUCGACUUAUCUAAAGCCCAGCAAACUCUGGCAACGGCUUACAAGAUUGUCAGAGAUGACGCUGUUCCUGCAGAACAACUGGUGGCAGAUCUGAUCGCGGCAAUCCAAGACCUCGAAACUCGUACUGGACAACAAGCGCAAGAGACGACUCCAUUUUUUGCGACUGAGUUCGAGCACCUGAGACAGUUGUCUAUGCUUCAAUCCUUGGCUAGUGGGAAUUCGCGAGUUUCUGAGCUCGAUAAUCAACUGGUUACUUUGUCAAACCUCCCCACCAAGGCCAUAAUGACGCUUGCUAGUGCCUCGGAUAAAGCAUACAAUCUACAGUCUCUUUCAUGCCUGUCUCACCAGGGUAUCUUCGCUUGGGAUGGGAGACUGACCACGUCGCUGUGGCAGAAACUCCAUAGCUUGAACAGCGUCAAUCUGAACUCCCUGGCGCUGCUGGAGACCGAACUUCCGGUUGUUGGGCAGCAUUUGGUCAGCUUAAGUCGAGAAAUUUUUGCUAACCCUCUUGUUGAUCUCAAUAAUCUGCUUUGUAGGUUGAUCCUAGAAACCUUUGGAGCUCACAGCCCUCAAGUGAAAGAGACCUUGGGUACUAUAUUCUCGCUGGUUGAGGACAAUAUCAGCUCAAUUUCCUCGCUUGCUCUGGAAGGAAUUGGUUCCAACUCCACUUUCAAUGGCCUUCUUCAAGACAUUGACGCUGUUCAUCUUCGACAAGCUACCGCGGAUCAUUUCAUUCCUUCAGUUGUGGGCAUCAUAGCUUCCAGAGCCGAUCCGAACAAGGCUGCCUACUUCUCAGCUCUUGCAUGGGUGCAAUUCAGCAUUGGUUUGGGCAAGCUUUACAUCCCUGACCGCAUCUUCGAUCCACAACUUCGGCCGAAAGUUGAACUCGAGUUCUUCGAACAGCUCCAGGCUUCUCUGCAAGCAAAGUUGGCCGCCUUGAAGGCUUUCCAAACCAAUUUCACAGGACAAGACACAAGCGCCAGGACUCACUUAGUUCAUCUACAACUUGAUAAGCUUGGUCCAGCACCAGAGGAAAUCCAGCCUGUCUUUCGUCCGGAGAGGUCCGAGCUCCACCAACUUCAUGCUGAGUUCUCAAAUAUAUUGAAGACAAUCACCGGCCCUGGCCUAUCUGAUGUCAUGAAGAGUCUCGCCUCAGACUCAGACGACAGGGUCACAAGUCUUCUGCAGCUAAUUCGGGAAAACAUUUCUCGAUUGGUUGAUCGCCUUUCUUCCCGAUUUGAAGCAUAUCAAGAUAUGGGACGGCCUGCUGUUAGCAUUCUUCGUUGUCUCUUGGUCGGGCUUUCACUUUGCGACACGUCCAACGCUGCAACUUUAGAGCCAUCUACUUUGCGACUUGUGGAAUCCACGCCAUUUUUCGGCUCGGGGGCUCAGGAUGUCCCGUCCGACCGCGGGGGAGCCAAAUCGUUCGAAUUCCUAAGCCUGAUGAGCGCCAAUGUGGCGGUUGGUGGUCUUCGGAGUCUCUCCACAGCUGAUCGAGAAGCUGUGUUCGCGUGUUUCCACAGCUUCUAUGAUGACUGGAACAAGAAGCUGGAUGCCGACAGGAAAGCCGAGGCGGCACGAACUAGCAUGUAUCGCUUUCGAGGCACACUGGAAGAUGAGGAGGAAUUUGAUGUGAUGGAGUUCAAUGAGCUAUUUCCCACCUUUGAUAAUGAAGAUUCCACUGUUCGCAAGGACAUCAAGCCAGAUCGAGUCCGAGAUAUAUCGCUGAAGGUGGCGGAUGCGCAUCGCAAGAUCUUCUUUGAGCAACAAGACCCCCAGGAUGCGUUGCGGGAGUCUUGCAUGGCUACCGGCCAACGCGUCGUCGAUGAGCUUCAAAAUCACGCCAACAUCGAUCACAAACUCAACUCCAAGAUGUUGACGAGCACAUUGCUUCUUUUGGGCGAGAAGACGGACGAACUUCAAUCAUCAUCCUCUACUGAGACAUACAACUUCUACACCGACGCCAACUUGGCCGAAACGCGGAAGCUUGUUUUCUUGGCUCACCGAAUCAAGGCCCGCUUCCGCGAACUACAACUGGUAGAUGAAAUCGGUCACAUGCAGCCUUUAGCCGACGUGAUCCAAUCCUGUGACAAGCUCUUGGAGCAAGUACAUGGUGAACCCUUGGCCAAGCUUCUACCAAGGAUCGAACAGCUGCAUGCUCACGUUUACGAAUGGCAGUUUGGGGGAUGGGCUAGCAAGACAUACGCCGUCCUUUCUCUUCACAACUCGCUAACCGAGACUGUCAUUCGAUGGCGGCGUCUCGAGCUUUCGACAUGGGCGAACCUCUUUGAUAUGGAGCUGAAGAAAUGCCAAGAUGAUGCUUAUUCUUGGUGGUUCGUCGCUUAUCAAGUUGUAAUUGCCGUUCCACUAACCAUGGUAGACUCGCGUUCUGAAAUGCAAGUCUAUGCCAGGUCGUUGAUCGAGAAUCUGGAAUUAUACUUCUCAAGCUCGAUUGUUGGCCAGUUCAAAACCCGUGUUUCCCUGCUACGUCAAUUGUUAGGCCACCUCAACAUGUUGGCGCAAGACUAUCCUGCUCUAGAUGUAGUUUGCGUCGCCGUGGACAACUUUGUGCAGUAUUACACGCGCUUCGAAAGGACAGCCGAUGAAGCAAUCCGAAAAGGCCGAACGCCAAUCGACAAGACCAUGAAAGAUGUGCUCCUCAUGGCAAGCUGGAAAGACACUAAUAUCAAUGCUCUUCGAGAGAGUGCCCGCAAGUCUCACCAGAAACUGUUCCGGCUGAUUCGCAAGUUCCGAGGAGUGCUGGGCCAAGAGAUGAAGGUGUUCAUGGCGCAAGGGCUUCCUGACGAGGCUGUGACCACCGCACCAAGAGCUGACGCCGAACCUGUUGCACCAGACUUGCCAAUAGUCACAAGUAGUGCGCUGAAUGCGUCCCUGCCCGGGUGGCUUGCGGGCCAUAAAAGGCUUGCCAAUUUGCCAAAGACCCUUUCGGUAAUGAGAAAAGUCACAUGCAGUCCCGAGAUGUCAAGCAACAUGUCGAAACUAGUUGCAGAUUUUGUCAACGAGCUGAAUACGUCCAUGGCCGAGCUGCGUAAGGAGACGCCAUCAAUUGCCAAUGACGAGAACAAGGACCAAAUCAAGCAUCUCAAGACGAGAAAACGAAAGCUCCUUGCGGAUACGCUACGGGAUCUCCGAACGAUGGGAUUACAGCAUCAUUUGUCGCAAGACAAGUUGGCCGAGCAGAAUUCAUUGGCUGUUGUUUUGUCGUCACUCGCGACAGUCAAGUUUCCCGAAUCAGAAGCAACAAAGGAAGCCGAGUACUAUUUGCAUAAGACAUUGGAUCUCGCUCCCAGGGCUAGGGAAGCUGCCCGAGAACAUUCCGAGGACCUCACCGGCGCCGAGGUGACGAGAAGUAUAGGGUUCGUUGAGGGUCUGAUUAGCCUCAACCUCACCCAACGCCAGAGCCUGGGGGCAGUUACGCAAUCCAGAGAGGGUUUGCGACAGGCAGUUCAAGAAUUCAAAAAUCUGGGCAACGAUGAGAAGAAUGGUAGGCUUGUCCUCCAAAGAUACGAUGGCGACUGGACGCACCAAGUACAAUGGCUCGACCACGGCAUAAGAUUUGCCAUCCGAGUUAUUGAGAUGCAUGGAAAAAUUGGAAAGAUUGAUAACGAGAAUAUGGUCCAGGAACUACAGGAGUGGGCAACGCGCAUGGCGGCUAGAACUGCAGCGACCAAAACCUUGGUGCAGUUGCCCGUUGGAAUCAGCUCAUUGGCACAUGACAAGUUGAGAGAACUUGUAUUAAGGGAUUUGGAUGAGAUUGAUCAAAGACUUGGUCAGUUGGUUGAGACACGUGCAGACCUGGCAUUUAUUCUCUCUCACCUUGCAACCUGGACCCGAACCGAAUCCGUCAGCUACGACAUCUCUAUUGGAGACACGAAGUUGGAUACAUUCGCCGACGCUGUGUCUUGUCUAGCUGACACAGUACUCGUCGCCAUUGAAAAUGCCGAGAAGAAGGGUGUCGCCGUCCUCAGGGAGCCUGGCGUGCCGGGCUGGUUAACGAAACACAGCGAGGCCUUCUUUGCCAUGAUCAAGCAGUUGCGGAUGAGCAAUGUAGAGCGAACAAUUCGCCAUUGCACUAGUUUGAUGCGACAAAUUCAACUCGACAACGGGCAGACUAGCACCGCAGCCGUGUGCAUCGUCAACCUUGCUUCCCCGAUACUGGAUCAGUUUUUGACACUUUGCUCGCGUUGUAUCGGCCAGGGGUUGGAGCUGCAUCGCGCCUCAGCACACAUGGCAUACAAUUUGACCAAGGCCUUUAAUCAGCUUGCUUCUCAAGGCUUCUGUACGCCUCAGGAAAAAUCGGAUGAAACAUCAGGCGAUGCUGGAAAAUUAGAGGCAGGCACUGGUCUGGGCGAUGGUGAGGGCGCGCAAGAUAUCAGCAAAGAUGUUCAACCCGAUGAAGAUCUUACUGAACUAGCUCAAGAAGCCAACGAGGAGAAGAGUGAGGACAUCCAAGACGAAAAAGACGCGGUGGAUAUGGCAGACGAAGAUUUGGAAGGGGAGUUGAAUAGCGUCGCUGGAAUUGACGAGGACGAAGGUUCUCAGAAAGAUGAAGAGAAGGAGGCAGAAGAGAACGACAUGGACGAAGAGGCUGGCGACGUUGAUGACCUCGACCCCACAGCAGUCGACGAGAAGAUGUGGGAGGGCAACGAUGAUGAAAAAGCCGAGAAAGAUCAACAAGGAAACGAAGCAAAGGGUCAACAACAAGAUGAGGAGCAAGUGGCAGCUGAUGAGGAUACCAAGCAAAAGGACGCAGAGAGGGAGCCUGAAGCUCGUGAGGAGGGAGAACAGCAGAAGGACGGAGAAGACACAGAAGAGAGUGAGGCUGAGGAAGAAGAUUUGCAUGCUCAAGAGGAGUUGAAUCGGCAAGACCAAAACGUGCAGGAGAACGACGCACUUGAACUUCCCGAGGAUAUGGAGCUGGAUUUCGAUCAGAAAGAGGAAACUUCAGAUGACGAUGACUUGGAUGAUCUGUCCGACCCUGAAGGCGAAGCUGAUCAGCCAGAAGAUCAGGCGGCUGAGAAGGACGAAGUCGAUGAAGAUAUGGAAGAUGCAGCGGGGCAGCAGUUGAAGCAAGAAGCCGGAGAGGUAGAAGACGAGAUCAACGAGGACGAGGAGGAAGUCCCUGCUGGUGCUGAUGAAGUCAAAGAAGAUGUGGAAUCCGAUGUCGAUGACGAAGCAGAAGACCAAAGCAAGGAAGAAACGGCUGAAGACGUGACCCAGCCUCCGCGGGACAAUGCAAACACGGAUGUUGACAAUGCUGCUCCCAGCGAUGCCAAGAGCGCCGGGCUAAAUCAAAAUCAACCUCAAGAGUCGAUGGAUAUGGACGAUAACUUCCAAGCGCAAGUGGCGGAACAGGAACAGGGAGAUAUGGGGGAUGGCGCAGCCGACCAGGAUACCAGCACGGGCAGCAAAGGCGCCACGUCUCGGUCGAACGAAACGGUAGACAAGAGUCAGCAAGCAGGCGAUGCUGAAAAUUCUGCUAGAAGCGAUCCGUUUCGCAAAUUAGGCGAUGCGCUGGAGAAGUGGCACCGGCAGAAUGCAGACAUUAUGGACUCGAACCAGGAAGAAAGCAAGGAUCGGAAGGCAGAUGAGAAGGAAAGUCGCGAACAAGGUCGUCAAGAGUACCAGCACUUGCAGAACGACGAUGCAGCCGCCGAUGCGCAAGCAAUGGGCACUGCGGAGGAAGAUGAGGUGCAGCCCAUUGAUGAGACCAUGGCUGUCGAUGACGAAGGCGAGAGGGAUGGCGCGACGAGUCACCGAAUGGAGGAAGAUGCAGAAGAUGAAGUCGAGGAGGCCACAGACGAAAUGGACCUCGGGGAUUCUGGCGAGAGCGACACUCACGAUGCGGAGAAUGGCAAAGAAGCCGACGAUGGCCGGACCGGCGUGCAGACUCGACAAGGAAACUACAAGCAAGAAACGCCAUCCGAAGCGGAUGCUGAUGCAGGAACAGCAAAGGGGCAAGAGCAAGAUGCCGGGUCCAUCGAGGAAACGUCGGAACAGCUGUCUACGACUCGCAUUUCUGACGAAGCGCGGAGUCUUCGCGAUUACGGAGAGUGUGUUCAGCAGUGGAGCGAGUUCCAGACCAAGUCUCACGGGCUUUCAUUGAAUCUGACGUCUCAACUACGCCUCAUCCUAACGCCGUCUCAGUCGACCAAGCUCUCGGGAGCGUUCAGGACGGGAAAGCGUCUCAACAUCAAACGCAUUAUCCCGUACAUCGCCUCGAGCUACAAGCGUGACAAGAUUUGGAUGCGCCGGGCUAUCCCGACCAAGCGGACGUACCAGAUUCUUCUCUGCGUGGACGACAGCAGGAGCAUGGGGGAGUCCUCGUCGGGAAGCCUGGCCAUGGAGUCGCUGGUGAUGGUGUCAAGGUCUCUGGCCAUGCUAGAAGCCGGGCAGGUCGGCGUGGUCGGGUUUGGCGGCGACGUCUUCACGGCUCACGAGCUCACGGAGCCGUUCGGCGCGGACGCGGGCGCCAGGGUGCUGCAGAGGUUCAACUUCUCGCAGGACCGCACGGACAUUGCGCUGCUCAUCCGACAGACCAUUGACAAAUUCCGCACGGCGAGGCAACAGGCCGGGGGCGAUUCAGAUCUGUGGCAGCUGGCUCUGAUUCUGUCCGACGGUCUGACACCGUCUUCGGCGCACGACCCUAUCCGCCGACUUCUGCGGGAGGCGAUGGAGGAGAGGAUCAUGGUUGUCUUCAUCAUCAUGGACGACACGGGCAAGAGGAAAGGCGACAGCGUGCUGGAGCUCAAGGAGGCCAAGUUUGUCAAGGAGGACAGCGGGGAGAGCAGGGUGACGAUUGAGCGGUACCUGGACACGUUUCCCUUCCAGUACUACUUGAUUGUGCACCACCUGGAGGAGUUGCCGACUGCCCUGGCCGGCCUGUUGAGGACGUGGUUUGCCGAGGUGACGUCUUGA